UCUACUGUUUUAUCCUUUAAACUUGAUCAGGUCAGCAGGUCCGCAGGAAUUUACCGUACUAAAUAAACACGUUCUCUGCGGCGCGCGGGAAGCCAGUUUAAACUCCGUGACAGUUGGACCUCUUAUGAAUGAUCUUUAACCGUAGCCUACUAAUGAUUUAAACCGUAUUAAUAUUUAACCGUAUUAAUUAUCCUUAAACGUGUUCAUGAUUUUUAACCGUAUUGAUGAUCUUGAACUGUAUCAAUAAUCUUUAACCGAAUUCAUUAUCUUAAACCAUGAAGACACAGAACAAGCGAGGUGUGCAGACGCGUUUUGAAAAUAUUGAUCAGGCAGAAAAUCUCGACCUUUUAAGAACCAAACAGCAGAAAAUUAGAAAGGUUAAGGACGUGCGAGGGCAUGAAACCAUAAUCGGAACCCAGUGGGAGGCCGAAGAUCCGAUCCAGAUCGACAACUUCGUUCUACACACCAUAGCCCGCCAACAUGAUCCUGGAGACCCGCGGCCCUCCACACCCUCAUCGUGUGAAAAGCCUGAUUCGGCUCCCGGGCCUGGAGGACUAACAGAGGCCAGUAAGCAACGAGAUGCGAGGCCAGGCGGUAACGUUACUCACGCUUUCUCCCCAACCGACGGUGGAUAUAUUCGAUCUUUCAACGCGACCUCUGCUGGUCCACGUCCCCCGAUCAGUGUCUUCCAGGCCUUUCAGAUGUCCCAGACCGGUACCCCGCAACACAGCCCUAAACCCACCGCAGGCCUGGAUGUCACUCUCCCUCCCUCAGAUGAAGAAAAUGUAAAAGUCCUGGUUUUGACCGAGUCACCAUACAGCAAAGGAUUCAAAAAGGGCAAUAUCAAAAGGCCAAUGAACGCCUUCAUGGUGUGGGCUCGUAUCAACCGACCGGCCCUGUCCAGGGUCAGCCCUCAGGCCACCAACGCAGACAUCAGCAUCCAGCUGGGCAACGAGUGGAGCCGGAUGAGUGAGGAGCAGAAAAACCCCUACUUUCAGGAGGCUCAGAGACUGAAAAAUGUCCAUCAGCAGCAGUUCCCUGGCUGGAUCUAUCAGCCCCAGAAGAAGAAGGGGGGUCCUGGGGGCCACCGGCCCAGCCCCUCUGAUGCCGUCCAGGCUAUGGAAGAAGAGCCACGUGGUCAGGCUUCCACCCGUCUCCGCUCAAUACAGCCCUCCAACCCUCUCCUCCACAGCGAGCGGGGAGCAGGCUCCAGUCGUCCUGCACCUACCAGUCUACCACCUACCCCUCACAGUCUCCCGUCAUCCACCACAUCCGUCCCGGUGUUCCCCACUCUGCCUGGCGCCUGGCCAUCCAGAGGGGCAGACCCUCGGACCUUGCACACACCAGCCUCAAAUCCAGGCCCCUCUCCCUUUCCCAGGCCCUCCCAUGCGCUCAACAGCUGCCCCCAGGGCCUUUCUCAGGGCCAACAUUCAGACGCAAGAUUCCUUCCUGGGCCAUCUCCGUCCAGCAUGGUCUGCUCCUUUCCUCAGUUCAUGCCCAUGUCUUGGUCCAACCCAGCUCCUUCCAACCUCUACUCAGCAUCUUCUGCUUUGACGCCCCGACCACGCGCCAUCUACCCCAACCCUCACUUUGGACCCUGCUACCCCCAAGGAUUCUUCAAUGGACCGCAGUAUUACCCUCAGAGCUACUACGACACCCCCCCCUUGAGGUACGACGUGGCUCUGACGGCCCUCCACCUGGAGUACCUGCAGCGCCAGCAGCAGGCUGCCUGGGUCGGCGGAGCUAGCCCCCCAGGACCUCCGGGGGCUCACCCAUACGCUACCCAGACCUUUGGCCCGUGGUUUCAGAACCCGAGUGGCCCGCCGGAGACAGAGGUCCUGGGCGCGUUCCUCCACAGCUCCGGCAGCUCAGCCAUGGGCCUCAUCCAGAGCCACCAGCUCAGCCUGCCACAGCAGCAGGGAGAGGGGGAGGGAUGUGACCAGGAGGAUGAGGUGGUCGAAGUGCUCUAGGGGAACCUCCAGCACACGGUUCAGCAAGAUCAGUUUUUAAUCUCACAAUCGUUCUCAAUUGUCGUUCUCUAAACUGUAUAAGGAAUUUUAAAGGUGCAUCAAACGUUGAAAAUUUAAUGGCCAAUAUUUUUAAAUAUUAUGUGUAUAUGAAUUCUUAUUGUGAUCGAAACAAAUCUUCGAAAUGAAUUUGUCCAUCAUAUCCGAAGUUAUUUCCAACUGGUGAGAACAUUGAACAACUGGAUACAAGAAACCGCCUGCAAAAUGUCUCGCGUGUCAACAGAGAAAUGUACCGUCAGCCAAUAAAUAUGAGAACAAAUUUCAA